AUGCCGCCAAAGAAGAAGGGCAACAAGAAGGCGCAGGAUGACGACUGGGAGGCCGAGUUAGGCGAGACCAUUGCGCCACAGAAUGGGGAUGCAGCAGAAGCAAAGCCUGAAGAUGCUGCUGCAGAGGACGAUGCCGCAGGCGGAGGCCUGAUGGCUGCCCUCGCAAAGCGUGGCAAGAAGAAGAACAAGAAGGGCGCCAACCCAGAUGUCGAAGGCGAAGAUCCGCCUGCUGACGGUGCAGGUGGAGACUUCCAGGACAAGGCACCACAAGAAGGGGGCUUCGACGACGAUGAUGACGACGUUUUCGCUGGCAACUACGGCAAGAAGAAGGGCAAGGGCGGUGCUGCAAAGGCAGAAGAGCCUGCAGAGGAGAAGCCUACGGAUGCGCCGCGAGUGAAAACCAAGGCGGAGAAGGAAAAAGAGAAGAAGGAGAAGGAGAAGCAGCGAAAGAAGGAACUGGCUGCGAAGAAGAAGGCCAGUGGCCCUGCAAAGGCCGAACCUGAAAAGGCUGCCGAGUCCAAGCCAGCCGCCGCCUCUACGCCUACACCUGCUGCAGAGGCCGCCCCUGCUGCUGGUGGCAAGAAGAAGAAGAUCAACCCUGCUCUAGCCGCCCUUCAGAAACAACAGGAAGAGCGUAGGAAGAGAGAAGAGGAGAUUGCGCGCGCCGAGGCCGAAGAAAAAGAAAGGCUACUCGAGUUGGAGCGACAAGAGGCAGAGGAGCAAAAGCGCAAAGAAGAGGCCAAGGCGUUGAAGAAACAAAGGGAGAAGGAAAAGAUUGAACAGCUCAAGAAAGAGGGCAAGUACAUGACCAAAGCCCAAAAGGAAGCAAAAGCCAAGAACGAGCUACGUCUACAGCAGUUGCUCGAACAAGGAAACACAAAGGUCGCAGGCCUGGCUGACGAGCCUGAAAAGAAGAAGAAGCCAGUAUAUGAUGACCGGAAAAAGAAGAAGAAGGGUGAGAGUCAGAAGGAGAAGGAGGCUCGUGAGGCUGAAGAGGCUGCCAAGAAGAUGGAAGAACUCAGGCUGGCUGAGGAACAAGCCGCCAAGGCAGCCGAAGAGGCCGAGAAAGCCCGCCUCGAUGCAGAAGCAAAGAAGGGUGAAGAUGGAGACUCUGCAGACGACUGGGAGGCGCAAGCCGACGAGCUAGAUGGCGUCAAAGACAGCUGGGACGUCGAUACCGACGAGGAAGAAGAGCGCAAAGCGAGCGAGAAGAAGGCCAAGGAAGAGAAGGUUGCAGCAGAGAAGGCAGCUGCCGCAGAAGCUAAGAAGGACAAUUCAGAGUCAGAUUCUGAAGAAGAUAGUGACGACUCGUCUGAAGAUGAGCAAGGAACUGCCGCCCAAAGAGCCGAAGCUGCGCGCAAAGCUGCUGCUGCUGAACGACGCAAACAAGCUCACGAGGAAGCCAUGGCAGCCCGGUCCAAAGACAACCUCCGCUCUCCCAUUUGCUGUAUUCUUGGUCACGUCGAUACCGGUAAAACGAAGUUGCUUGACAAGAUCCGACAGACCAAUGUGCAGGAAGGCGAAGCUGGAGGUAUCACCCAACAGAUUGGUGCCACUUACUUCCCCGUCGAAGCACUCCAGAAGAAGACUGCGGUUGUCAACAAGAAUAACGAAUUCGUCUUCAACGUUCCCGGUCUCCUCGUCAUUGACACACCUGGUCACGAGUCUUUCACCAACCUCCGAUCUCGCGGUUCAUCGCUCUGUAACAUUGCCAUCCUCGUCAUUGACAUUAUGCACGGUCUUGAGCCCCAGACUAUCGAGUCCAUGAAGCUUCUCCGAGAUAAGCGAACACCUUUCAUCGUAGCGCUCAACAAGAUUGAUCGUCUGUUCGGCUGGAAGAAGAUUGACAACAACGGUUUUGAGGACAGUUUCAGCCUGCAGAAACAGUCCGUCCAGAGUGAAUUCGAGGAGCGAUGGAACUUUGUUCGCACGCAGCUGCAAGAACAGGGUUUCAACUCGGAGCUCUUCUUCAAGAACAAGAACAUGUCAAAGUAUGUGUCCGUAUGCCCGACCUCGGCACACACCGGAGAGGGUAUUCCAGAUAUGAUCAAGCUCAUUGUCAAACUUACUCAAGAACGCCUGACCAACAACCUCAUGUACCUCUCCGAGGUCGAGUGUACUGUUCUUGAAGUCAAGGUCAUUGAAGGUCUCGGUACGACAAUCGAUGUCAUCCUGUCAAACGGUGUGCUUCAUGAGGGUGAUCGAAUCGUGUUGUGCGGUAAUCCAGAACCCAUAGCAACGAAUAUUCGAGCGCUCUUAACGCCUGCCGAGAUGAAGGAGUUGCGUGUCAAAUCUCAAUACGUACACAACAAGGAAGUCAAGGCUGCCAUGGGUAUCAAGAUUGCUGCCGAUGGUCUUGACCAAGCCAUUGCUGGUUCGCGACUACUCGUUGUUGGUCCGGAUGACGACGAAGAAGACCUCAUGGACGAAGUCAUGGGUGACCUCGCCCACCUGCUCAGCAAGGUAUCCAAGACUGGUCGUGGUGUUUCCGUUCAGGCCUCCACUCUCGGAUCUCUUGAGGCGUUGCUCGAGUUCCUGCGCGUUUCCAAGAUUCCUGUCUCUACCAUCUCCAUCGGACCUGUCUUCAGGAAAGAUGUGCUUCGUGCAGGAAUCAUGUUAGAAAAGGCCAAAGAGUAUGCCGUCAUGUUGUGUUUCGAUGUCAAGGUUGACAAGGAAGCCAAAGCCUUCGCUGAGGAGAUUGGCGUCAAGAUCUUCGAAGCGGAUAUCAUCUACCAUUUGUUUGACAAGUUCACGGCGCAUAUGAAGCAACUUGAGGAGCAAAGGAAGGAGGAGUCCAAGAUGUUGGCUGUCUUCCCGUGCGUACUCAAGCCCGUUGCCGUCUUCAACAAGACCAAUCCCAUCAUCAUUGGUGUGGAUGUUGUUGAAGGUGCUUUGAGAAUGACAACUCCAAUCUGCGCAAUCAAGAAGAAUGCUGCCACUGGUACCAAGGAAAUCAUUCAACUCGGAAGAGUUACAUCCAUUGAGCGAGACCACAAGCCGAUGCAGAUUUGUAAGAAGGGCCAGCCUUCCGUCGCUGUCAAGAUUGAAGCCAGCAGCCAGCCUAUGUACGGUCGUCACUUGGAAGAGGGCGAUACGCUGUACUCUGCCGUGAGCAGGAAGAGUAUUGAUACGCUCAAGGAGUUUUUCAGAAGCGAUGUCAGUCAGGAGGAAUGGAAACUGAUCGUGCAGCUCAAGCAGCUGUUCGACAUUCAGUAA